AGGAUGGAUUCGAAACAGAAAAAGUAGAGAGAGAGAGAGAGAGCGAGAAAAUCUGCAUUGCACGUUUAAGGGGUCAAGAGCCUGAAGAUUCAACACUUUCAAUUCCAACAAUUGCUUCAUUUAAAUUCCAAAAAGCCCUUUGAAUUUCGAGAGCCAAUUCUUUUUUUCUUUUUCCUUUUUUUGCCUGCUUGAAGAGGGCUUUUUCUAUGCCUAUUUGUGGCCAAAGAUUUUACAUUUGAGCUCAAAAGAAGACCGAUACCCCCUUCUUAAUUUUAUCUCCUGCAUAAUUUCUUGAACUUCUGAAAAAAUAGAUAUUUGCAAUCAACUCUUGUUGUUAUAACACCAAUGUGGCAUUUGGGUUCAACUAUUUUGAAUGCUUAUGCAUGCAUGUGAAAGAAAUUGACGAAAAUAUUUUCUUAGGGUUAAAAAUUCUCUUUGAGAAGUGAUUUCAGCUGUUUCAGUGAUCAAAGAUCAUAUCUUUGGGUCCAGUGUAAUAGAAUCUUGGAUGAAUUGAGUAAACAUUUAGGUGAGCUGUAAUUUUUUGUCCCCCAAGAAGUGAGAGAUUUUCGUGGGUUCUGUGUUUUGUGGAUUUUACGAUGGGGUAGAUGAAGAAAUUGAAAUUUGAAUUUCGGAGUUUAAGGGUGGUGUUAUAUGGGGCAGAAUAGGAUAGAAAGGGCAUCAUUUUGUGAUUAUUCAAAUGGGUUUUGGUUUAAUUGAUGAUUUUUUGCUCCAAGUUAUAUCCCAAAUUGAAUGGCUGAUUUGCAGAGACCUAGUCUUGUGGAAAGGGACAUUGAUCAGGCCAUUACAGCUCUUAAGAAAGGAUCCUACUUGCUGAAGUAUGGACGGAGAGGGAAGCCGAAGUUUUGCCCAUUUCGACUUUCCACUGAUGACUCUACAUUGAUAUGGUACUAUGGCAAAGAUGAGAAACAACUUGAGCUACGUCAUGUUUCAAGGAUAAUUCCUGGACAGCGUACUGCAAUAUUUCAGCGGUAUCCUCGACCUGAGAAGGAAUACCAGUCAUUUUCUCUCAUCUAUAGCGACAGAUCCUUGGAUUUGAUAUGUAAAGAUAAGGAUGAAGCCGAGGUUUGGUUUGUUGGUUUAAAAGCUCUAAUUGCGCGUGGUGGCUACAGGAAAAUAAAAAAGGAGGCAAAAAGUGAAAGUAUAUCAUCAGAUAGUCCACGUGGUCGGAGGAUCUCCCCAUCAAGUUUUUCUUUUUUACCUCAGGAUCAAGGAGAUACCCAACUAUCUGAGAAUCUUUCUCAGAGCGGAUGGGGGAAAGCGUUUGCUGAUAUCAUUACAUACACUGCGAUAGCUAAGAGCCCUACACGAGCAGAAUCCAUUACAUAUUCUAUCAACUCACUGCAAGCUGGGGCUGUAGACAACCCAAAUGGCCGAAGUUCUGGAGGUGAUACAUUUCGCGUGAGUCUAUCCAGUGCUGUAAGUUCAUCAAGUCAAGGUUCCUGUAAUGAAGAUUUUGAUAGCUUGGGUGAUGUUUUCAUUUGGGGAGAAGGCACUGGUGAUGGGGUGGUGGGAGGUGAUGUGGUUAAAGUUCAUGGAUCAUCUAACACCAAGGUUAAUUCUCUCUUGCCCAAGGCAUUAGAAUCAACCAUUGUACUUGAUGUACAUAGUAUUUCUUGCGGUGAUAGACAUGCAGUUUUAGUCACUAAACAUGGGGAGGUAUUCACCUGGGGGGAAGAGAUGGGGGGGAGGCUGGGGCAUGGAGUUGAAGCUGAUGUUUCCCACCCCAAGCUCAUCGAAACGCUUUGUGGCAUGAACGUUGAAAAGGUUGCAUGCGGUGAAUAUCACACUUGUGCUGUUACACUUUCUGGUGAUCUGUACACUUGGGGUGAUGGUACUCAUUACUGUGGCUUGCUUGGUCAUGGAAGUGAAGCUAGUCACUGGAUCCCCAAAAAGGUAGGUGGUCUCAUUGAGGGGUUACAUGUGUCAUUUGUUUCAUGUGGGCCUUGGCAUACGGCUUUGAUCACAUCUGCAUACCAAUUGUUUACGUUUGGAGACGGAACUUUUGGUGCACUGGGGCAUGGAAAUUGUAGUGGCACCAGUAUUCCACGAGAAGUGGAAACUUUAAAGGGAUUGCGGACAGUGAAGGUAGGUUGUGGUGUAUGGCACACUGCAGCAAUUGUUGAAGUAACGAGUAAAUCUUCUAACUCUGGAGAAUCUGAUGGUUCAUUAUCUGGAAAGCUGUUCACCUGGGGGAACGGGGAUAAAGGCCGGCUUGGGCAUGGUGAUAAUGAAUCAAGACUAGUUCCUGCAUGUAUAGAUUCAUUGGUUGACAUAAGCUUUUCUGAGGUAGCAUGUGGGAACAACCUUACCGUUGCUCUGACAACAUCAGGACGAGUAUAUACCAUGGGCAGUAAUGUUUAUGGUCGGCUGCUGAAUCAUGUACCCAGUGGAAAGACUCCCACUUGUAUAGAAGGUAAAAUUGCUGACAGUAUUGUGGAAGAGAUUGCUUGUGGUUCACAUCAUGUUGCAGUUUUGACGUCAAAGGCAGAAGUUUAUACCUGGGGAAAGGGUUCAGAUGGGCAACUCGGGCAUGGCAAUAAUGAUGAUCGGGAUACCCCUACUCUUGUCGACUUUCUAAAAGAUAAACGAGCAAAAAGUUUGGCCUGUGGUUCAAAUUUUACUGCUGUCAUAUGCCGCCAUAAAUGGUUAUCUAGUGCUGAUAAUUCCAUAUGCUCAGGUUGUCAUAAUCUUUUUAAUUUCAGACGAAUACGUCACAACUGUUACAAUUGCGGACUCGUUUUCUGCAAAGCAUGCAGCAGUAGGAAGACCCUUAAAGCAUCCUUAGCCCCAAGUAUGAAUAAGCCAUAUCGUGUCUGUGAUGACUGUUUCAACAAAUUACAGAAGGCGAUAGAUCCAGGAGCUGUUCCUCGAAUUCCUAAUGUUAAAAGUGGAGGUACACUAUAUAAGCCCAGUGAAACAACAGAGAAGGAGACUGGGACUUCUCUUUUACCUGGAAAUAUUUCAAGACUCUCUUCCGUUGACUCAUUUAAAUCUGAAAUGACUUCCACAUAUAACAUGAGAUCUGAAUCAAAUAACAGCCGAGUGUUUCCUCUUCAGAAUGAAAAUAUUCAGAGGGCAAGCAUUUCGUCAAAAUCUACUGUUAGCCCAUUUGGAAAUUCUAAGAAUUUGACUUCAGUUUCUGUUCCUAGUUCUAGAAUGGUUUCUCGGUCACCAUCUCCUAUUCCAGGAAAGUCAAGCCCUCUGAGGUCUGCCACAGCGUUACCAUAUAUAUCAGUUUGCACAUCAGAAGUAACUGCUGAUGAUAUAAAGAGUGCUAAUGAUAGUCUAAGUCAGGAGGUUAAAUAUUUAAAGGCACAGGUAGAAGAACUUGCUAAAAAAUCCCAACUUCUUGAAGCUGAACUGGGAAAAAAAUCAAAGAAACUUAAAGAGGUGACUGCACAUGCAGCUGAUGAGGCGGAAAAAAGCAAAGCCGCAAAAGAAGUAAUCAAGUCGCUGACAGCACAGGCAAGACGUUGUUCUAUGUUCAAAAUAUCAUUAAAAGAGAUGUCUGAGAGAGUGCCUAAAGAGCAUAUUGCAUGCAGAAACAUGGACUCUAAGGCUGAGCAAAUGCUGAACAACACUGGUCGACUAUCUAAUGGAAGCGGUAUUACAAGCACAACCUCUCCUAAAAGUGAGUCGAGUGACAACUCGACCCCUUCACCCCUAUCUAAUGGAACCAAAGUGCAGAAGUCAGAGCGGAUAAUACAAUAUGAAACGGGCGUGUACCUGACUCUUAUCCCCUUACAAAAUGGUGUCAACGAACUGAUACGAGUUCGUUUCAGUCGUAAGCGUUUCACAGAAGACCAGGCAGAGAAGUGGUGGGCUGAAAACGGAACUAGAGUAUGCGAGAAACACAACAUUCAAACUGCGACGUAGUUUGAGGCAAGCAGUCAUUACAGCAAACUUUUCAACAUCAACUUUCUGCCGACUGGAAACUGUAAAUUCUUUUCUUGGGGUUGUUUUUCUAGGUCGGUUGAACUUACGUCCUGGGUUGGAGUUUUAAUGGUAGAACGAUAAGCAAGAACGAAGAGUUCAGUGAAUUAUGAAUGCUCAUUUCAAAAAGCAUGAAUAUUUGCACUGUUUAUCAUGUUUGUGCA